AUGGCGAAUAAGUUUGGAUUAGGUUCUUUAUCUUUAGAAACUAAAAAACCUAACACUACAGCGUGGAUAAAUAAAGCGAAACCUUACUUUGUGGAUCAAAUCGGAGAUACUCUUCAAGGUGAUUUAGAUAUGAACAAUUUUAGCAUAACUAAUUUAAAGUCUCCGGAAAACGAUAAUGAUGCCAUUCACAAGAAAUAUUUAAUGGAACAAUUAAAUUUAAUUGAAGUAAAUAAAAACCAUUUAAAAGAAAGAAUAGGCGAUGUGAAAAGAUUCUUCAAACGUCAACUAAAUAAUAAAGAUUUUAUUGAUGAUACUAAAUUACAACAAGAAGUAACAAAUGAUAAGAUUACAAAGCAAAAAAUAGAACUAAUAGCCAAUAUUAAUCCAGGUAUAAGUGAAGACAAAUUGCAACGGGAAUUAACAAAUAUUCAACAACAAAUACAAAACAUAGACGAAAUCAAAACCUAUAUUCAACAACAACAGAACAUUGAUGAUAGUGUUAUUCAACAACAGAUAACCACUAUUAAUAACCUAGUUUUAAAACAGGAUAAAAAUAUACUAGCAUUAGAAAAAAAGUUUCUCAAGAAAGAAUCAUAUUAUUUCAAUCUUCCAUUAAUGUUUUUGGAAUUUUAUAGGCCAACUAUUACUGAUAAUAUUGAUAGAACAAGAGAGUAUGAAUAUAAAUUAUAUGGAUUUACAGCAAAUAUAAGAGAAUAUACCACAUUAUAUAAUGAUCCCUAUAAAAUAUUUCAUAAUGUUAAUGCUUUUUUUUUCAAAGGAAAACUUACAAAUGAAAUAACAUUUCCUAUACAGGUAAAAGUUGAAUCAAUAUUCUUCAGACAAAACUCAUAUACAUUUAGAAAAUUUAACGCUCGUAAAGUUCUUCAGUUUAUCAAUGGUACAAAAAAUAGCUUUAGAAUGUUAAUAAUACCAGAUAAUGAAGAAGAUGAACUUUCAUUGAGUGCUUUUGAUAUGAUAUUAGAAACGGAAACUCCACCAUCAAUGAAUAUUAUUAGAAAUCCAGAACCACAAAAAAAAGAUGUAAGCGAUUAUGAGUUUUUACGAGCAACAGACUUUGAAUACGUAAAACUAUAUUUUGUUGAUAAUGAUAUAUUUACCUCACUCGAUAUUCAUAAAAUCAAUUUGGAAAAACUGAGGAAAAGAUUAGAUGAUUAUAGUAAGACUCUAGAUUUUAAGCCGUCAGAUCCCAUUUCAGAAGAAUUUUACAACAAACUCAUGACUAAUAUAGUAGAAAUAUUUGUAGGUACAGAUUGUAUAGAUCAAAUGUUACAACGUUUAGGAAAAGUAGAUCAGAAAAGACUAACCUUAAUUUCCCAUAACGGCAGUGGUUUUGAUAACUGGAUCAUGAUCAAAAACGGUUGGUAUUAUUUAUAUCAUUACGAUAAAGAAAUGGUUGAAGAAGAAUGGUAUGAAAGUACUAGAAUGGUUCCGAAACGUACGGAAAAACAAAACGUAGAAAAAGUUUACUCGCAUACUCAUCCUUUUAUAAGAUAUUUUAUCAGACAAAGUAUUAAAGGAGGAACAGUUUCAGCAAAUCGAAAAUCAUUUGAAACGAAUAAAAUGGAUGAGAUCUGCGCCAUAUUAAAAGAAUACAAUGAAAGUGACACUGAAGGAAUAAUAGAAUUAUUCAAAGAAUACAGUGUUAACCCAAAAGAUAAAACGGAAGUUCACGCUAAACUCAAAGAACUGGACUAUUCUAAACUAAUGGCAUUUGACGCUAAUGGGUUGUACGCUUCAGCCAUGACAGAAGGUGAAUAUCCUAAAGCGGAAAGUGCAAGAGCGUUUCUACUAGAAGAAGAAAAAGAAUUUGUAAAACUGUUCAAUAAACAAAAAUUCAGACCUAGAACUGCUAUUUUAAAAGUUUGGUUUGAAUAUCCCAAAAAAAUGUUCUUUCAACCCAUACCAGCUAAAGAUAAAAUAACUUUUACGAAUAGAAUAGGUCAGAAGGAAACUGGCACUAAAAUCAGGUUCAGAAAUGGUUUCUGUCACGACGUUUUAACAUCAGUUGAUAUUCAAGAAAUAGUGAAAUCCGGUGGUAAAAUUAUUAGAAUAUUAGAUGGUAUAGUUUACGAAGAAAAUUUUAAAACUCCACCAUACAGAGAUUAUAUUUUAAUUUUGAAGGAAUUAAGGAAUAAAUACAAAAAAGAAGGAGAUAUGGUUGCUAGUAAUUGCAUGAAAUUAUUAGGUAAUUCCUUAUACGGUAAAUCUAUUCAAAAGGAUAUAAAUCAUCGAGACAUCUAUGGAGUGAAGCGACUUUUAAAGCCAACUUCGAUUCACACGUCAAAAGCUAUGAAAAAGUAA